UGGCAAGACGCGUCGUCCUGCUGAACGGUUGUCAACUGCUGAAUUGCGGCAUAAUGCCCUCUCUCUCAGACCAGAUCGACCAUUUGACUUCCCUCUCGAAAUCCAUUAAAGCCACUGCAGAUGAGUUCCCGACCUCGGAUGGGCUCUUUACAACAGCCGUCCUUGAUACCGCUCUUGGUGAUCUGAUCCGCGACAUCGACUCAUCCGAACUCGGGCUCUUCACACUAGUACAACCACCGUCUCAUGUACCAACUGAGUCUGAAGCGAGGGGUGUGAUCUCUCGUGUAGAGUUUCCCGGUGCUACGCCUCUAAGGAAACCACCUUCUCGAAGGCAGGAGAUGACAAAACCAAGAGAGUAUGAGCCAGAAGUAUAUGCACAGGCUGCGCUAAAGUACUUGGAUCGGUAUCACUCGAUUCGCCCAAUGCCCCGUGCCCGAUCCCAGGUCCAGGGGCUCAUAAACCAGCUGGAUGAGGCGCGACGGAAAAUUAGAGGUCUUAGUGAAACAUUACAGGAGUUAACAAGUAGCAAUCCCGCAUCAGGCACCAGCCCGCAGGAGUCAAAUGCAGCAGACGAGGAACGGCGCAUACAGGAUCUCCAGGCUCGUCUUACCGAAUUGCGUAAACAGAAAGAUGACAUUCUUCGCAUCUCCAAGCCCGCCCCCAAGCCAAAGCCUGCUCCAAGACCAGCUAGGGCUCCUUCACCUCUGACCGUACCUAAGACACAGGAAGAAAUGUUCUGGAACACGCCUGCUGCAUCUGCGCGUACGCUUCGCUUCACCGAAAAGCUCAUGGAUGAGGAGGUGGACAUCAAUGACGUAUCCAUCAUGUCCUUCACUAGUCCGGUUCCUCGGCCCCGGUCCGUAUUAUCAUCGCUAGGUCUUCCUGUGGACGAUGAAUCCCUAGACAACGAAGAACACGAUAUUGGGCAGGAUGAUUCUGUGAUGCCUGAUCCACCAGAUGGGGAGGAACUGCCAGAUAAUGGCGACGAGCUGGAGGUGAAUGAUGGAGACGGAGAACAAACUGUAGUUCUCAAGAAACUGCCCUUGUCGUUACCACCAAACCCCACACCACUAAAGAGCGCCACCCCUCCUGAAACGUCAUUGCCUGCAAUUUCAGAGUUGCAGUCUCCAGCCGUAGUGCCUCCUGGGUCCGCCAGAAAACCAAAAGUGCGCAUGAAUGCGGAGAUCGAAAAGAUUGUGGUGAAAAUAUGGGGCACGGUGGGUGAGAUCAUCAUGCCUGGCCAUCCUUUCGACCCCACGGGGUCAGUAUCAGGAGGAAGCAAACCUCCAAGAGCAAAGGAGACUAUUGCCCAUCUCGAAUCCCUCUCCUCCCAGACCCCCUCCCCUACAUCCCCCGCUGCAUCCUCAUUUUCAUCGCUUGCGCCAUCCAUGAUCCCUGGCCAGCCCACCUCACAACAAAUCGCAACCUGCCAACUUUUGCUCACUCUACUAAAGCAGCCCGGCUUCUCGAUGUCACUCAAUAAACUUAAGGAAGCGCUAGCGGAAGGUGGCGGCGGCGCGGGUGGCACACGAACGAUGUAUGCUUGUGUGGCGAAGAAGCUGAUAAAGAUUGAGCGGGGAGGCGGGGAGCAAGUUGUCAAGUUUGAUGUUUGAUUUCACUACCGUCUUCACUCGAUGUAAUACAACCCUCUCAGGGAGCAUGCAUGUGCGAGUGCUACCCUCAAGGACUUUUCAGGGAGAUUAUCCUUCGUUUCCCCCGUUUACGCGUCCAUGAAGCAUCAGCCAAGGAAUCACACAAUGACAGUAUUGCACACUACAUUCGCGGAUGUUGGUGGACUUGCUGUUUAUAGUUGACGUAGCACUGCUAUAGCAGUACUAGUGUCCUUCGCCAGAGAAGCGCGCGAGGAGGAUCCCCACGUGACAACUUUGUGUUCUGCGCGCUCGCGAUCUACCGGAAGCGCCUACGCAAACACGGCCGGCUUACAUAAAGUUACUAUUCAAGACAAACAACA